UCAAAAAUCUAGUAAAAGUGUUCAUAGACAAUGAAGGCACUUACUUUAAAUAUAAAAGUACACAGUGGCUUACUGUUUCUUCUGGAUAACUAUAAAGAUAAUGAGAUGCCACCUACAGAUUAUAUAAAACUGACUCAAGACAAAAUUACAAUUCAGGAUGAGCAGAACGAAUGUGCAGUGGAGAUGUUUUUAGCUCUGGUCCAGCACAAGCAACUAUUCAGUGAUUUUGUUGAUUACUUCUAUUGUAAAGGAAAACGGAAAGAUAAUAGUGACAAGCAUCAUCUAAUGAUCCUUACUUACAUGAUGAUUAACAUUUUGAAUGAAAAAAAUAAAGAUGAUGUAAUUAAUAUUUGCCAAGCGCUAAAUUCUCAAAAGGUAGUCAAUUUUUUGAGAUUUUUUAACAAAGAGUCUUCCAAGGAAAUGCUAUUUAUUUUGGGAUGUAAAUACUUUGAAGAAGAUUAUACUAGAGAAAUGUUUAUAACAAGGAUACAGAAAAACAAGGACCUCUUACAGGACAUUGUAAGCUAUUUUGAGAAGAUGUUAAAUGUUCAGAAAGCAGAAUAUGUCAGAGAGCCUACCAAGCCUGUCACUCCCAGAGUCACUCCUGUAAUGAGACUGGCUCUUGUACCUCCCCCUCCUGUGAACACUCCUCAGGAAGUGGUAUUGCCGCCAGCAAAGCCAGUUCCUGCAUCAAUGUAUAAGGAACCGAAAAUUAAUGAUAUUUUGACAAAAUUGAAAGGCGAACAUAGAGCUGCAAGUAAGGUAUUACUAGAAGAAGCAAGUGAAUCUACCAAACGUUUGUCAACAAAGGAAUCUAAUAGAAAAAAUGAAUGUUCAACCUACGAUGACAAACCUAAGCAUCAAAAGAGAAUAUACAAGGGACACAAGGUAGCUACAAAUAAAAUUCCUGUUAAGAAAAAUGCAGCUAUGCUACUUCGGGAGGCUGCAAGACUGAUAAAAGAAGAAGAGAAAGAUAUACAAAGGAUGAAUGAUCUUGUAUGUGGAGCUGCUGACUUUACAUCUUACGAGGAGAUGAUGAAUCAGUUGAGAAAUGAGGAGGAACAACUAAAGCUGCAAGACGUAGAGAGGAAACAUCUGUUGGGACAGCUGAGCCGAGAGGAAGCCAUCUUGGCCAGACAGAGGAUACUGAACAUCAAUAAGGCUCGACGAUCAGAGAUAGAGCAGGAGAAAAGAGAAACUGAAGAAAUUGUUAAGAAAAUGCAGAAAAAACAUGAGGAAGAAAUUAAACUAAUUAUAGAAAAAACACAACAAAUCCAAAGGAAUAUAGAAGCAAAUAAACAAAAUGUCAUCCAGAAAAAACAUAUGGAAGCCCAGGAAGUAGCCAGCACUAGCAAGCAGCUACGAGCAGAAGCUAUCACGAGGCAAAAGGAAGAACUAGAAAGACGGAUUGAAAUCAUCAAAGAGAUAAAAGCACUUUCUAGCAUCAAAGAUCUCCAUUCUAACAAAUUUGAUCCAAACGAAACAAUGAAUAUUGGACUGCUUUGUGAAAUGUCCAUAGCUGAGCUUUAUGAGAGACUCUUGCUCAAUAGGAAGAUUGUAAAAGAAGAAAUAGAAAACAGACAAAUAUGUAUAAGGAAACAAAAGUUGAAGCAACAACAGUUCUUAGCAGAUACCCAAAAGUUCAUUGAUGAAUGUCGAGAGCAGAAAAAGUUGUUAUCUGAAGUAAAAAGCUUGCAAUGCAAACAACCAAAAUUUGUUAGUAAUGAAAGCAAAGACAUUACAGAACUUAGAGAGAGACUUGAGAAAGCAAGAUUUAAACGAAUGGAACUCACCAAAAGCAGCAGUGUUAUUUUGUGAAUAUUAGAAUUUAAAAGCUAAUGUUCUUAAAUAUAUGAGUAUGUUGAAAAAUUAA